AUGGGAAAGUUGCAGACGAGUUUCCACAAUGUGCUGCUUGCAAUGUUUGCGGCCACGGGGUAUGAAUGUUCGAGGAGAUGUUAGACCACCCACGCUGACCUAAUGACAGGUCGUUCCUGUUUGGAUACGACAGCGGUGUUAUGACCGAUGUCAUUGCCUCUCCGAACUUCCUGGCCUACUUCAACACGACUAAGACAAGCUCAAUUGUUGGUGCGAUCAAUUCGACCUUCUCGGGUGGCGCAGUCUUCGGAGCACUGAUGGGUGGCUUUACCAUGGAUCGAUUUGGCAGGAAACGCACUGUCCAAACUGGAGCAGUCAUUGCAGUUGUCGGUGCUACUUUACAGUCUGCUGCCGUCAACUUGGCCAUGAUUCUCGUGGGCCGAAUCGUUGCCGGAUGGGCCGUCGGACUCAUGUCCAUGUCGAUUCCGGUCUACCAGGCGGAAUGUGCCCAUCCCCGGGUGCGAGGCCUGAUCGUCGGUUUGACCCAGCAGAUGAUCGGAGUUGGAUUUAUUGUCAGUACAUGGAUCGGAUAUGGUUGCCACCACGCGCCAGACAGCAAUUCCGUUCAAUGGCGUUUCCCGUUGGCUUUCCAGAUUGUGCCAGCGUUGCUGCUGCUCGUUGGCUUCUUCUGGCUCCCUGAAAGUCCCAGAUGGUUCGUCUUUUCACUCACAAUGUUGUCUUGCUAAAUAUUGACGACUCUGAACCAGGCUCAUUGAGAACGACCGCGACGAAGUUGGCUUGAGAAUCUUGAAGAGGCUUCAUUUUGAUGGCUCGAAUGAGGACUGGAUUCACUGGGAGUAUAAAGAGAUCCGCGCUACAAUCAGUGCUGAAAAGGCCAUCACCGUCUCGGGUUGGAGAGUCAUGUUCACAGUACCGCAAUGGCGCACCCGUCUCCUACAUGGAACGCUGGUACAGGUCUUCACGCAGCUGACAGGAAUCAGUAAGCAUAUCCAUGCUCAUACCGCGCGCGCGACAUUAUGCUGAUCCAAUCUUAAGACGUCAUCGGAUACUACCAAACGAUCAUGUACGAAGCCUUAGGAAUCACAGGCGGUCGCGCCGUCCUGGUCGCGGGCAUCUACAACUGCGUCGGUCCCAUUGCCAAUGCCAUCUUCAUCUUCUUCAUUCUGGACAAGGUAGGCAGGAAGAAGCCUCUCCUCUUCGGCGCCAUCGGCAUCACCAUUGCUCUGAUCGGCGAAGCAGCCCUGAACAGCCAAAAUCCACACGGAAACCGCGCCGGCCUCAGCAUCGGCGGCGUCUUCUUCAUCUUCCUCGUCUCCGUCCUCUUCUCCUUCUCCUUCGGGCCCAUCUCCUGGGUGUACAUGAGCGAGAUCAUGCCCAUGCAAAUCCGAGGACGAGGGAAUGCUUUCGCGACCGGAGUAGGAAAUUGGCUCGUCAGCACGUUCUUCGCGCAGGUGUCCCCGAUCGCGCUGGGGAAGCUCACGUGGGAGUAUUAUUUUGUGUUUGUGGCGUUUAAUGUCUUGGUCACGAUCCCGACGAUUGCGUUCGUUUUCAAGGAGACCAAUCGCUUGAGUCUGGAGGAGAUUGACACGCUUUUUGGGGGGAGGGCACUUGGCACGUUGCCGAAGGAGUUGGAAGAGAGGGACGUUGAGGAUGCGGUUAGACGGGAGAGUUUGGCGCGGGAGAAGGAGUUGGAGGUGAAACAGGUGGACCUUCACCAGGAGGAGGGAGGUUAA